AAAGGAAACCACUCAUAUUCGAACGCGGUUCCAUUCGCGAAACAUCUACGCAUUUAAAAUCUGCGAUUUCAGUAGUUAUCCCACGUUAUGCCGAACACCAGGAGUAAAAAGCGACAUUUUACGGAUUGACAUAUUGACGUACCGCGACAUGGGAGCAACUUGAAAGUUUGUGUUGUCAUUUGAGUGCGAAAUUUUGUGAUUUCUGUUUCGAAUUUUUUGUGCGCGAACUAAUCAUGGAACUCACUAGGUAUUGGUGUGUUGGCCUAUUUCUUCUAUUCAGACUGGUUUCGGUACCAGGCCAACAGUUUCUAACUGAUGAAGAAGAGGAUGAAGAAUUCGCACCCGUUGUGACCCACCGUUGUGAGCGAGGCCAAAUGAUCGUAGAUGUAACGACGCAGCAUCCAUUCAGGGGCAUAAUCCACCCCCGGGACUACAGGUCGGGUCCAUGCGUCGCACAGGGACGAGGGGGCAGGACCACCACCCUCACCCUGGAUUUGCACGCGGACAAGGACGACCCCCGUUACUGUGGGGUGCAGUUCAGAAAGCCCAGUUCAGGUGAUGUUACAGUAGCAUUAGCUGUAAGAGUUCAUCCAACAUUAGAAUUGUCUGAAGACAAAUACUUUUUCUUAACCUGUGGAAAAGCAGGAUUCAGAAAUGCUAGAAACGAAACUUCAAGAGUUACGUUAAACUUUUAUCAUGACAACAAAAAGGUUCAAGAGCUUAUCUAUAAUCAAGAUUAUGAACUAAGAGCUGCAAUGACCAAGCCUGAUGGCAUUCACAAGCUAAAAGUGAGGUCUUGUCUGAGUUUCUCUUCAAACACAACAGAAACGCCUUUAAUAGAUGGGAAUGGAUGUCCGUUGACUUCAUUCCUAACACCAUUCCAUUACAAUGACACAAGUCACUCUGCCAAUGCGCACUUAUCUUCCAUAUUCAAAUUUCCCGAUUCUAAUAAAAUUUAUGUCCAGUGCGACAUUGUACUGUGCAGAGGACCAUGUGAACAGGUCCCGUGUCGGAGACCUUCUGAACCACUUCCCAGAGCUCUUCCUCGUGUAAGAAACGGAACAGAAGAUGGACAACUGAUGGCCUCCACUUCUGCCUAUAUCAUUGAGCCAGGAGAUCCCAUACUGGCUGAAUCCUUAGAGAGUUGCACUGAGUGGAGGUUCCCAUGGCUGAUAGGGUUAUGCAUCUGCCUCGCAAUCCUGCUUCUGGUCAUGCUGAUAGUCAACAUUUUCCUCUGCUCGUCCCUGACCUGCACAUGUACAAAAACAGAGGUGGUAGACAAAGAACCUUCUGAAAUGGAUGACUAUGAUCCAUACAGAGUUGGAUGGGUCUCUGGAUCUCACUACGGCUCUCGCAGCUCCCUUCACAAACCCGGUUACUUGUCCGGUGGGUCCACCCUCAACUCCACUGCCCGCUCCGUGAGCAAUGCCAGUGACCAUUACGCCAUUGUCCACUCGAGGCCAGGCAGUAGGUACUCACAACACUCCAGCAAAGAACCUUUGCACAAGAGCUCUGGAGGCUCCAUACUUUCCAAUGGCCAUCACAAUCAUUACAACUCAAGGAUAUAGGACAGUGUAUAGUAAAAGCUCAGGGAAAGUGUUACAGACAGUUCAAAGCUGGAAAUCAGGCCAUUUGACCCCUAGAGGAUAAAGGACAAUGUUUGUGUGAGCAAUUUGGAUACUUUGUGGCUUUGAUUAUUCCAGUGUAUAGUAUCACUUACCCACCUUCAGAAAUGACUAACUCUCCAGGUAGCACAGCCUGUUGCACAAUAUUGUACAAUACUGUACUUAUUAUAUAUUAAUCUAUAUUUCACAAUAUUGUGAAUAUUGAUUAAUGUCAUACAAUAUUGUACAAUAUUUGUGUGCUACUAGGGUCUAGUGGUAUAGUUACAAUUAACAAAGUUCAUGGUUUGGAACUGGAAGUAUGCACAAUGAAAAUAUCUGGUGAUAUGAAAUGCCAUUUACAUACAUGUGAUUUGAGAAAUUCCCUCCAGUCUCUCAGGUAGUUCAUGCUGUACGAUAUUAAACAAUAUUUUUUGAUAUUAUGCAAUGUUGUGAAUAUUGUACUAUGCCGCACAAUAUUAAACAAUAUUUUUUGAUAUUAUGCAAUGUUGUGAAUAUUGUACAAUGCCGCACAAUAUUAAACAAUAUUUUUUGAUAUUAUGCAAUAUUGUGAAUAUUGUACAAUGCCGCACAAUAUUAAACAAUAUUUUUUGAUAUUAUGCAAUAUUGUGAAUAUUGUACAAUGCUGCACAAUAUUAUACAGCAUCUGUGUACUACCGGGAUUAUUAUAUUAGGAAGAGUUUUUAUAACACAAAAUAUUUAUUCUAUUUGAUUUGCUUAAAUGUAUAUGAUGGAAGACUACUUAAUUAUUUAAUAAUAAGACAAGAUUUUUUUAAAUUAUAUUAUAAUUAUGAACAGGAAUUUUAUAACUAUUUUAUUAUAUACU